GAAGCGUUUCCAUGACACAGACAUUUAAAAAAAAUGGCUGACAAUUCGUCUGUGACUCCUUCUAGCAAUGAAGGUAGCACCGACUCUUUGGACAGCCGGACACGGGACGCUGUCACUGAUGGUCUGGUGGAGCUACUGAAGCCAGCAGUGGAGGAAAUCGACGACAGGGUCAAAACAGUUAGGGAUAGCCAGGUGGAACUGCGGCAACAAAUAGAUUGUCUAGCAGAUGACUUGAAGAAGAUAGCAGAACAGCAGGCAGUGCCAGUGGAUCUGGAACCCUAUGUCAAAAAAUUAAACAAUUCUCGCAGACGUGUCAUGCUUGUCAACAACAUAUUACAAAACGUACAGGAAAGACUUACCAAACUCUACAACAAUGUCUCCAAAGAAACAGCCCGAAGAAAAACCUUACUGGAUUCUCCAUCUCCAGGUCCACCACACUAGUGAGGCGCCUAUAGAAAUUUUAUAUUAUAUCUAUUUUAAUUAACUCUGUGGAGUAGAUACGUUUUAUUGACAGAACUGUUGUAUCAAGCCAUGUAAGAUGAUUAUAAAAUGUACAGUUUCGGUACCUGUUGAUGUGCAAUAUUUUCUAGUAAUGGUGCCAGAGGAGAUGAACAGUGUGCUUGUACAGCUAUAUAAAACAACUGAAUAACAGCAUCGGCAGAUAAUGUACUGCGAGUCUGCAGAUUAUUUGCCGAUCAUAAAAUAUACAUGUGUAAGGAAAGUGAAAUUGUGUUCUUUGAGGAUAAUAACUGGCCUGUAUAUGUACUGUAUGGAAUAUAUUAAAACAUGAAUGAGAUUAUACUUUGCAUUCUAUUAGUCCAAUUUAAAGAUUUCAUUUCUACCUGGCACUCAGUUGGGAGUCUGUUUGGUGUGCGAGAUCUCUCAGUCAGUGGAAGUCAGUUUUGGGCAUUAUCCUCAGAUUUAAAUCACCAGAUGUUUCUGUUCGGCUUGUUAGCAGGUCAAAUUGGCUAGAUACAUUACAUCAUAUUAUCGUCAUUAUUGGUCAUAUUGUAUGAAAUUGUAUGAAGAGAUCAUGAUUGUAUUAUUUUGUUUGUUUACUGGUUGAUAUACCAAUACAAUGUACAUUCCAUAUUUUGUGAUCUCAAUUUGUUUACAUAUAGUUAAAGGAGAAGUUCUAUAAUAUGAUGUCCACGAGACUCUAGGUGAAUGAUGUAUUUUAAUCUUAUUUUUUAACAAGUUUUUCAUAUUACAUUGACACAAGUGUAAAGAUGAUAUCCAUCACAGAACUUAUUUUUAUGAGAAAGUAAGCAGAAUUUGUUAUUAUAGAGGUUGGGUAGGUUAUUAUAUAGGUGUAAAUAUUGACUUGGGUAGUAUAUGUUUCCUUCCUUUUCUAUAACCAAUUUAAUGAUUUGUUUGGUGAAAAUCUAGUAAGUUGGAUCUAAAUCGCUAAUCUGUUUCUUGCCAAAAUUGUGUAAUAAAAACUGUAAGGUUAAAGGAUGCAAGUGGUAUGUUUUAACUGUCAAAGUUGUAAUAUCAUUAUAUCAAUUUGAAUAAAAAUAGUUUAGAUAAGAAAA